GUACCUAUAGAAACUAGAAAGUAUAGUAUGCCUUAUUAUUCAGAUAAUAUCACAUCUACGUUAACGAAACGUGAGGAUUAUUCGAAUGGAUUUUUAAUUUAUUUUAUCCCGGUGGAUGUUUGAGCUUUGAUAUUUAAUCACGGGAUAUUUGUAAACUAUAGCCAUUGGGCAUUUUUAUACAUAGAUUCCGUUUAUGACGUGCGUAUUCGACAUGUAUUAUUAAAUAUUAUGUAGUAUUUAUGAAUACGCAUUUUGUUUAUCGUUUGCAGGCAGUUAAAAGCAAAAUGUGACGCGUUGGAGAAACACCUGUUCGAUUGUGAGUCGGAAAAGAACACCAACAAGAAACAGUUGGCGGAUGCCAUGGUAUUCCUGCGAGAAACCAUCAACGAACAGGAGGCGUUGUUGCGCCGCGCGGCCGGCGAAGGCCGGAAUGACGCUUCGGCCGCUGUGUUGAGCGCCUCCAUAAGUGCCCGGGUGAAGGCCCUCACCGAACACCUGAAGUGCGUCGAACAAGGCGCACAUCAGGAAGUGAAUCGUUUGAGCGGCCGCCUGUACGAACAGUCUGCUGAGCUGGAACGAAUGAAGAAGACUUACGAGAACGAGAUCAACGCACUGAACAACGCCCUUCUCCAGAAGCAGAGCGUUAUAGACUCGAUGGACGCAAACCUGGAGAGAUAGCAAUGGUGCCCAUGCGCCGCUUUUUCUUCGUCGUGGUGCCGUAGUCUUAGUCAGUACAUAUUAAGAAGGGUAUGAGUAGAGGUUGUAAUAAUGUUGGAAAAGCCAAA